CUUUCCAUCACCCCGCCCCCUUCUCCCUCCUUCCAUCACCCCGCCCCAUUCUCCCUCCUUCCAUCACCCCGCCCCAUUCUCCCGCUUUCCAUUACCCGCCCCAUUCUCCCGCUUUCCAUCACCCUGCCCCAAUCUCCCGCUUUCCAUCACCCCGCCCCAUUCUCCCUCCUUCUAUCACCCCGCCCCAUUCUCCCGCUUUCCAUCACCCCGCCCCAUUCUCCCGCUUUCCAUAACCCCGCACCAUUCUCCCUCCUUCCAUCACCCCGCCCCAUUCUCCCGCUUUCCAUCACCCCACCCCAUUCUCCCGCUUUCCAUCACCCCGCCCCAUUCUCCCGCUUUCCAUCACCCCUCCCCAUUCUCCCGCUUUCCAUCACCCCGCACCAUUCUCCCGCUUUCCAUCACCCCGUCCCAUUCUCCCGCUUUCCAUCACCCCGCCCUUUUCUCCCGCUUUCCAUCACCCCGCCCCAUUCUCCCGCUUUCCAUCACCCCGCCCCAUUCUCCCGCUUUCCAUCACCCCGCCCCAUUCUCCCGCUUUCCAUCACCCCGCCCCAUUCUCCCUCCUUCCAUCACCCCGCCUCAAUCUACCUCCUUCCAUCACCCCGCCCCAUGCUCCCGCUUUCCAUCACCCCGCCCCAUUCUCCCCUUUCCAUCACCCCGCCACAUUCUCCCACUUUCCAUCACCCCGCCUCAUUGUCCCUCCUUCCAUCACCCCGCCGCAUUCUCCCUCCUUCCAUCACCCCGCCCCAUUCUCCCUCCUUUGAUCACCCCGCCCCAUUCUCCCACUUUUCAUCAGCCCGCCCCAUUCUCCCGCUUUCCAUCACCCCGCCCCAUUCUCUCGCUUUCCAUCACCCUGCCCCAUUCUCCCUCCUUCCAUCACCCCGCCUCAUUCUACCUCCUUCCAUCACCCCGCCCCAUUCUCCCGCUUUCCAUCACCCUGCCCCAUUCUCCCGCUUUCCAUCACCCCGCCCCAUUCUCCCGCUUCCCAUCAUCCCGCCCCAUUCCCCCGCUUUCCAUCACCCCUCCCCAUUCUCCCUCCUUCCAUCACCCCGCCCCAUUCUCCCGCUUUCCAUCACUCGCCCCAUUCUCCCGCUUUCCAUCACAUCGCCCCAUUCUCCUGCUUUCCAUCACCCCGCCCCAUUCUCCCGCUUUCCAUCACCCCGCCCCAUUCACCCGCAUUCCAUCACCCGCCCCAUUCUCCCGCUUUCCAUCACCCCGCCCCGUUCUCCGGCUUUCCAUCACCCCGACCAAUCCUCCCGCUUUUCAUCACCCCGCCCCAUUCUCCCGCUUUCCAACACCCCGCCCCAUUCUCCCGCUUUCCAUCACCCCGCCCCAUUCUCCCGCUUUCCAUCACCCCGCCCCAUUCUCCCGCUUUCCAUCACUCCGCCCCAUUCUCCCGCUUUCCAUCACCCCGCCCCAUUCUCCCGCUUUCCAUCACCCCGCCCCAUUCUCCCUCCUUCCAUCACCCCGCCUCAUUCUCCCUCCUUCCAUCACCCCACCCCAUUCUCCCGCUUUCCAUCACCCCGCCCCAUUCUCUUGCUUUCCAUCACCCAGCCCCAUUCUCCCGCUUUCCAUCACCCCGCCCCAUUUUCCCGCUUUCCAUCACCCCGCCCCAUUCUCCCGCUUUCCAUCACCCUGCCCCAAUCUCCCGCUUUCCAUCACCCCGCCCCAUUCUCCCUCCUUCCAUCACCCCGCCCCAUUCUCCCGCUAUCCAUCACCCCGCCCCAUUCUCCCGCUUUCCAUAACCCCGCCCCAUUCUCCCUCCUUUCAUCACCCGCCCCAUUUUCCCUCCUUCCAUCACCCCGCCCCAUUCUCCCUCCUUCCAUCACCCCGCCCCAUUCUCCCGCUUUCCAUCGGCCCACCCCAUUCUCCCGCUUUCCAUCACCAUGCCCCAUUCUCCCGCUUUCCAUCACCCCGCCCCAUUCUCCCGCUUUCCAUCACCCCGCCCCAUUCUCCCGCUUUCCAUCACCCUGCCCCAUUCUCCCGCUUUCCAUCACACCGCCCCAUUCUCCCGCUUUCCAUCACACCGCCCCAUUCUCCCGCUUUCCAUCACCCUGCCCCAUUCUCCCUCCUUCCAUCACCCCGCCCCAUUCUCCCACUUUCCAUCACCCCGCCCCAUUCUCCCGCUAACAUCACCCUUCUCGAUUCUCCCGCUUUCCAUCACCCCGCCCCAUUCUCCCUCCUUCCAUCACCCCGCCCCAUUCUCCCGCUUUCCAUCACCCGCCCCAUUCUCCCGCUUUCCAUCACCCCGCCCCAUUCUCCCGCUUUCCAUCACCCCGACCCAUUCUCCCUCCUUCCAUCACCCCGCCCCAUUCUCCUUCCCAUCACCCCGCCCUCCUUCCUUCCAUCACCCCGCCCCAUUCUCCCUCCUUCCAUCACCCCGCCCCGUUCUCCCGCUUUCCAUCACCCCGCCCCAUUCUCCCACUUUCCAUUUCCCCGCCCUAUUCUCCUGCUUUCCAUCACCCCGCCCCAUUCUCCCACUUUCCAUCACCCCGCCCCAUUCUCCCGCUUUCCAUCACCCCGCCCCAUUCUCCCGCUUUCCAUCACCCCGCCCCAUUCUCCCGCUUUCCAUCACCCCGCCCCAUUCUCCCUCUUCCCAUCAUCCCACCCCAUUCUCCCGCUUUCCAUCGGCCCACCCCAUUCUCCCGCUUUCCAUCACCCGGCCCCAUUCUCCCGCUUUCCAUCACCCCGCCCCAUUCUCCCGCUUUCCAUCACCCCGCCCCAUUCUCCCGCUUUCCAUCACCCAGCCCCAUUCUCCCGCUUUCCAUCACACCGCCCCAUUCUCCCGCUAUCCAUCACACCGCCCCAUUCUCCUGCUUUCCAUCACCCCGCCCCAUUCUCCCACUUUCCAUCACCCCGCACCAUUCCCCCGCUAACAUCACCCUUCUCUAUUCUCCCGCUUUCCAUCACCCCGCCCCAUUCUCCCUCCUUCCAUCACCCCGCCCCAUUCUCCCGCUUUCCAUCACCCCGCCCCAUUCUCCCGCUUUCCAUCACCCCGCCCCAUUCUCCCGCUUUCCAUCACCCCGCCCCAUUCUCCCGCUUUCCAUCACCCCGCCCCAUUCUCCCUCCUUCCAUAACCCCGCCUCAAUCUACCUCCUUCCAUCACCCCGCCCCAUGCUCCCGCUUUCCAUCACCCCGCCCCAUUCUCCCGUUUUCUAUCACCCCGCCCCAUUCUGCCGCUUUCCAUCACCCCGCCCCAUUCUCCCAUCACCCCGCCCCAUUCUCCCGCUUUCCAUCACCCCGCCCCAUUCUCCCGCUUUCCAUCACCACGCCCCAUUCUCCCGCUUUCCAUCACCCCGCCCCAUUCUCCCGCUUUCCAUCACUACGCCCCAUUCUCCCGCUUUCCAUCACCCCGCCCCAUUCUCUCGCUUUCCAUCACCCUGCCCCAUUCUCCCUCCUUCCAUCACCCUGCCUCAUUCUACCUCCUUCCAUCACCCCGCCCCAUUCUCCCGCUUUCCAUCACCCCGCCCCAUUCUCCCGCUUUCCAUCACCCCGCCCCAUUCUCCCGCUUUCCAUCACCCCGCCCCAUUUUUCCGCUUUCCAUCACCCCGCCCCAUUCUCUCUCCUUCCAUCACCCUGCCCCAUUCUCCCGCUUUCCAUCACCCCGCCCCAUUCUCCCGCUUUCCAUCACCCCGCCCCAUUCUCCCGCUUUCCACCACCCAGCCCCAUUCUCCAGCUUUCCAUCACCCCGCCACAUUCUCCCACUUUCCAUCACCCCGCCCCAUUGUCCCUCCUUCCAUCACCCCGCUGCAUUCUACCUCCUUCCAUCACCCCGCCCCAUUCACCCUCCUUUGAUCACCCCGCCCCAUUCUCCCACUUUCCAUCAGCCCGCCCCAUUCUCCCGCUUUCCAUCACCCCGCCCCAUUCUCUCGCUUUCCCUCACUCUGCCCCAUUCUCCCUCCUUCCAUCACCCCGCCUCAUUCUACCUCCUUCCAUCACCCCGCCCCAUUCUCCCGCUUUCCAUCACCCCGCCCCAUUCUCCCGCUUUCCAUCACCCCGCCCCAUUCUCCCGCUUCCCAUCAUCCCGCCCCAUUCCCCCGCUUUCCAUCACCCCUCCCCAUUCUCCCUCCUUCCAUCACCCGCCCCAUUCUCCCGCUUUCCAUCACUCGUCCCAUUCUCCCGCUUUCCAUCACCUCGCCCCAUUCUCCUGCUUUCCAUCACCCCGCCCCAUUCUUCUGCUUUCCAUCACCCCGCCCCAUUCUCCCGCUUUCCAUCACCCCGCCCCAUUCACCCGCAUUCCAUCACCCGCCCCAUUCUCCCGCUUUCCAUCACCCCGCCCCGUUCUCCGGCUUUCCAUCACCCCGACCCAUCCUCCCGCUUUUCAUCACCCCGCCCCAUUCUCCCGCUUUCCAACACCCCGCCCCAUUCUCCCGCUUUCCAUCACCCCGCCCCAUUCUCCCGCUUUCCAUCACCCCGCCCCAUUCUCCCGCUUUCCAUCACUCCGCCCCAUUCUCCCGCUUUCCAUCACCCCGCCCCAUUCUCCCGCUUUCCAUCACCCCGCCCCAUUCUCCCUCCUUCCAUCACCCCGCCUCAUACUCCCUCCUUCCAUCACCCCGCCCCAUUCUCCCGCUUUCCAUCACCCCGCCCCAUUCUCCUGCUUUCCAUCACCCAGCCCCAUUCUCCCGCUUUCCAUCACCCCGCCCCAUUUUCCCGCUUUCCAUCACCCCGCCCCAUUCUCCCGCUUUCCAUCACCCUGCCCCAAUCUCCCGCUUCCCAUCACCCCGCCCCAUUCUCCCUCCUUCCAUCACCCCGCCCCAUUCUCCCGCUUUCCAUCACCCCGCCCCAUUCUCCCGCUUUCCAUAACCCCGCCCCAUUCUCCCUCCUUUCAUCACCCGCCCCAUUCUCCCUCCUUCCAUCACCCCGCCCCAUUCUCCCUCCUUCCAUCACCCCGCCCCAUUCUCCCGCUUUCCACCGGCCCACCCCAUUCUCCCGCUUUCCAUCACCCCGCCCCAUUCUCCCGCUUUCCAUCACCCCGCCCCAUUCUCCCGCUUUCCAUCACCCCGCCCCAUUCUCCCGCUUUCCAUCACCCUGCCCCAUUCUCCCGCUUUCCACCACACCGCCCCAUUCUCCCGCUUUCCAUCAUACCGCCCCAUUCUCCCGCUUUCCAUCACCCCGCCCCAUUCUCCCUCCUUCCAUCACCCCGCCCCAUUCUCCCACUUUCCAUCACCCCGCCCCAUUCUCCCGCUAA